AUGAGAUCUAUCAAAUGUGUUGUAGUCGGCGAUGGUGCCGUUGGUAAAACGUCUUUACUGAUAUCAUAUACUACCAAUACCUUCCCAAAGGACUAUAUCCCGACAGUUUUUGACAACUACACAACGACGAUUUUACUGCCUGCCACCCAGCAGGAGGAGUCGCAGGUAUACAAGCUGAACCUGUGGGAUACCGCGGGACAGGAGGAGUACGAUCGAUUGAGACCGCUAUCGUAUCCGCAGACAGACAUCUUUCUGGUGUGUUUUUCUGUUAGCGAGCGUAGUAGUCUGAAGAAUGUGGUAGACAAGUGGUACCCAGAGAUAGUGCAGAACUCGUCGCCGGUGGGCUCCGACGGGUCUGAGAGCCGGGGGAAGUAUCCGAUGUUCCUGGUUGGCACGAAGGCGGACCUGCGGGACGAUCCAGACGAGAGAGCCAGGUUGCGGGAGCUGAAUACGGAUUUUGUCUCGAGUGAAGAGAUCGAAGAUGCGGUUAAUCGGUGCGGGUUCAUGGGUUACGUAGAGUGUUCGGCGGUGACGCAGGCUGGCGUCAGAGACGUCUUUGAGAAGUCGGUGGCUACGAUCGUCAGAGAGCCGGAGAGACUGGCCCGCGAAAAGGCCAAGGCAGAGGCUCAGGAAGCUGCUGCCGCAGCGGCAGCAGCCUCUACUGCCGGGGAGGAGCAGCAGCAGCUCAGACAUAAACAAGAGAGGCCGCAGCAGGGCCAGAAGUGGACGGGAAGUCCUGCUGUCAGAGCUGAUGUUUCUGGUAAAGCGGCGAGCGAUCGCCACGAAAAAUCCGGGCCCAAGCUCGUUACCAAGAUAAAGAAAAAAUCCAAGUGUGUAAUUCUAUGA